AUGUUUGAGCCCAUGCUUGAUUCCCCGCAGAGCCUCGACGAGCAGGCCGCCAGCUGGAUGAUGCGCCUGCACGACGGCAACCUCAGCGAGCGCGAGCGCCUGCAGUUCGAACAGUGGAAAGCCCAGGACCCGCACCAUGCUGCCGCGAUCGAGCGCCUGCAAGGUUUCGUCGGCCGCUUGCAGGCCCUGCGCCCGCAACACGCGCCGGUGCAUGCCGCGCUGGAUGCGGCGCUGGUGAAACGUCGGCGCAACCCGGCCGGCAGAGUGCUGCUGCGCAGCUAUCCGCCAAGUUAUUUGCUGGCAGACCAGCGCACCGCACCGGCCGAGUGGCAGCGUAUCGACCUGGACGACGGCUCGCAGUUGAUCCUCAGCGGCAACAGCGCCGUGGACCUGACCUUCAACCCGCAGCAACGCCAGGUGAAACUGCUGCGCGGGGAGAUCCUCGUGCAGGUGGCCCAUGACGCCACUCGGCCAUUUAUCGUAGUGACUGAAGACGGGCAAAUGCGCGCCCUCGGUACCCGCUUCACGGUCAAGCGCGAGGCGCCCGGCACGCUGCUGACCAUGCUUGAAUCGAAGGUCGCCGCCCAGGAUGCCAACCACCACCCUGCCGUCGAAGUCAGUGCCGGCGAGCAAGCUCGCAUUACCGCGCAGGCGGUCACGCGGUUGGGCCAUGUCGACACACGGGCGACCAACGACGCCUGGCAGUACCACCAACUGGUGGUCCAGGACCGACCGCUCCCGGAAGUGCUCGACGAGCUCGCCCGCCAGUACGGCGGCCACCUGCAAUUCGACCGCGAGCAACUGGCCGACCUGCGGGUGUCGGCGGUACUGCCACUGGAUGAGCCACGGCGGGCGCUGCAAUUGAUCAGCGAUGCGUUCCCGGUGCGUGUGCGCUCGUUCAGCCCGCUGUGGUUGAAGAUCGAGCGCGAAAAUAAAUCGGCGCGCCGGGUUCCGCUUUUGCAAUCGCCCCGUCAAGGAAGAAAGCACCUCAUCACAGGAACCUCUUCCAUGCCGUCGGACUUCAGCGUUUCGCGCCACCCCAAGCGUUCUUUUGUGCCCCUUGCCCUGGCGAUCAGCCUGGCGACGUUUUCCCUGCUGGGCCUGGGCAUCAGCACGCCGGCGGCGGCCCAGAGCGAGGUACAGCGCUACGCCAUUGCACCCGGUGCGCUGGGCCCGGCGUUGAACCUGUUCGCCCAGCAGGCGCAUGUGGCAUUGCUGUUCGACGCGCGCAGCGUGGCCGGCUUGAGCACCGCCGGGUUGCAGGGUGAGUUCGCGGUCAACCAGGGUUUUGCCCGGCUGCUCCAAGGCAGUGGGUUCCAGGCCGUGCAAGGCGCCAACGGUUUUGUGCUGGCGCCGGUAAGCAACACCACCGGUUCCCUCGAACUGGCGCCCACCGCCGUCACCGGGCUGACCGAAGAGGCUUCCACCGAACACGUCAAAGGCUACGUGGCCACCCGCAACCUGAGCGCCACCAAGACCGACACGCCAAUCAUCGAAACCCCGCAAUCACUGUCGGUGGUCACCAGUGACGAGAUCCGUGAUCGCCAAUCCGAAACCUUGUCCCAGACCCUCGACCUGACGCCCGGUUUCACCAGCCAGCCCACCAGUUUCAACCGCACUUCGGACCGCUUCCGCAUCCGUGGUUUCGACGUCGAGUCGGCCACCGGCGGCUCCCUGCGUGACGGCCUGCGCCUGCAAAACAACUCCUACGACGGCGUGCAGGAACCCUACGGCCUGGAGCGCGCCGAAGUGAUUCGCGGCGCGGCCUCGGUGCUCUACGGCCAACUGUCGCCGGGCGGGCUGAUCAACACCGUCAGCAAGCGCCCGAGCCAGACGCCGUACCACGAAGUGAACGUGCAGGCCGGGCAAAACAAUCGCAAGCAAUUGUCCGCCGACUUCACCGGCCCGCUGGGCGACAGCGAGACCUUGAGCUACCGCCUGACCCUGCUGGACCGCAAGAGCGACACCAGCGCCGACCACAUCGACAACGACAAGGUCUACGUCGCCCCCGCCCUGACCUGGCGCCCGGAUGACGACACCUCGCUGACCCUGUUGUCGUUCUACCAGAAGACCGAGACCCGCUUCUCUGCGCCACUGCCCUACCAGUUGGUAAAAGGCGUCGGCGACGGCAAGUUCCAGAUCGGCCGCCACGACUUUAUCGGCGACCCGAACUACGACGAAAUGAACGGCGAGAUGUCAGCGCUGGGCUACGAGUUCGAGCACCGGUUCGACGAGCACACCCGUAUCAGCAACAAGCUGCGUUAUUACCAGUCGGAGGUGACCUGGCGGUACCUGCAAGUGAACGCCACGCCGGCCUUCAUCGCGACCGCGCAAAACACUGGCAUCCUGCGCCGCCAGUACAGCGACCGCGUCGAACGCUCCCGUGGCCUGGCCAGCGAUACCAACAUCGAAAGCAAAUGGCAGUUCGGCGAUUGGCAGCACACUUUCCUGCUGGGCUUCGACGGCUAUGACACCAGCUACGACUCUCACAACUUCCGAGGCAAUGCGCCGUCGCUGAACCUGGCGAACUACGUCAACAACCAGCCGGUGGUGGUCAACCGCGCACCGAAUACCGACCGGGGAUCGCAGAUCGACACCCUGCAAAAAGGCGUGUAUUUCCAGGACCAGAUCACCUUCGACGAACACUGGAUUGCCGUGCUGGGUGGCCGCCAUGACUGGGCUGACCAGGACACCGAACUGUUUCGCAACUCCGCCAAGACCAGCCAGAGCGACGAGGCCACCACCUGGCGCGCGGGCCUGGUGUACAAGGCCGACAACGGCCUGGCGCCCUACCUGAGCUACAGCGAAUCGUUCUUCCCGGUGGCAGGCGUGAACAAGGCCGGGCAAGCGUUUGUGCCCACCGAAGGCAAGCAAUACGAAAUCGGCAUUCGCUACCAACCCGAAGGCAGCGCCACCUUGCUGAGCGCCGCCGUGUAUCAGUUGGUGCAGAAAAACGUGCUGACCCAGGACCCCACCGAUAUCACCUAUUCGGUGCAAACCGGCGAAGUGCGUUCCCGUGGGCUGGAGCUGGAGGCCAAGACCGAAGUCACGCCGAACCUCAGCCUGAUCGGCUCUUACGCCUACAUCGACGCUCGCAUCACCAAAAGCAAUAUCGCCAGCGAAAUCGGCCAGCGCAGCGAAGACACGCCCUACCACCAGGCCGCCCUGUGGGCCGAUUACCGCUUGGCCGAACUCGGUUUGCCGCAACUGCGCAUCGGCGGCGGAGCGCGCUACAAAGGCACCACCCAAGCCUCCGGCGUACCGUCAGGGAUGCCCGCGUAUACGCUGUAUGACACCCGCGCCAGCUACGAGAUCGACCCGCAUUGGGAAGUCGCGCUCAACGCCAAUAACGUCACCAACAAACGCUACACCUACUGCGAUUGG